AUGAUCUCCCUCCAUGCUGGUCCGGUAGAGAAACUUCAGAUACCGCCAGGACUUCCACAACAAUACUGGUCGCAAUUACCCAAAAGACUGAGACCUGAGGAAGCAAAACGGAGAAUAAAGAUAUUUCCCUCACUAAAGUCAGAAGCAACGACCUGCAAAGAGCCCAUCAAACUCAUCGAACAGCAACAAAUCAAGCUAUUAGAUCCUAAUGGCGCACGUACGCGAUUGUUCGAUCCGAAGAAUGCUGAAGGAGCCAAAGCAGGGGAUAUCAUAAUGGCUACUUUCAAAACAGGAGAACCAUUCUCAGGCGUAGCCAUGUCGGUCAAAUGGAGGGGACCCCACACAUCUGUAUUACUACGAAACCAAUUGACUAGGGUAGGGACCGAGAUGGACAUCAAGGUCUUCAGUCCACUUGUGAAAAGCAUGGAGAUUGUACAAAAAGCAGUCAAGAGGCCGAGAAGAGCAAGACUGUUCUAUUUGCGGAAACCUACCCACGAUGUGGGCAGCGUUCAGAAGAUUGUGGAUGAUUACAUGAGAAGAAGGUCUACGUUGGUCGGAGGUCAACCGCAAGGAGGAAACCACUCAAAGAUACAGACUGCUCGAAGAGGUGCGCGGGGUGGUCCUCGUCGUUGA